AUGGAAAUCUAUGAAGACAUCGAGUUUUGUGACCCAAAUCAGAUCUACGGCGAGGCGUUACCGGUAUGCGAAGAUCCGUUCACCGUAUUCGAUCACUAUAUGAACAUCUGUGUACCGGCAACCCUGAUUCAAUUUGUCGAUCAGGAGAAUGAGCCAAACAUGAAAAUUAUCUAUGGAUUUCUCCUGCCAAUUCUGUCCGUGAUCGUGCUGUUGUCCAACGGUGUCGUCAUAUUGGUGCUGAACGAACAGAAAACGAAACGCGCUACGGUUGAGCCGUUGUUCUGGAUGGCUGUGAGUGCAUUGCUGAUGGCUGCAUCUCCCCUACCCUUCACCAUCUACUACUACAACCUCGGUCAUAUGCGAGAUCUCAACCAAACUGAGUUUCUUUGCUAUCUUCAGAAGGUGUGCAUGGAAAUUUUGCCAUUCUUUUUCAACACUCUCAUCACAUUCUUCACUCUAUUGCUCGGAACUCAACGAUUCAUCGCCGUACAGUAUCCAUUGGAUUCGCUACGAUGGUGCUCACGUCGUUUGAUACGUCGAUAUUCCAAGGCUAUUCUAACCCUCGCCAUUGUUCUCACUGUCAUUCAUUCCACGUUCGACAUUCGGGUCAUCUAUCAUUUUUGUAUUCGGGGACCAUCGACAUCGUUCUGGGUGGCUCGCUGCUUUGUCGGUCAUUCGCCGUUGACGCGAGCGAUGGGUCCAGACACAUUCUCAUGGGUUUUCGACAGCUUCCGAAUAGGACUGAUCGUUGUGCCGUCGAUUCUUCUGUUCGCCAUCACGAUUCUUCUCAUACGGACAAUUAAGACUUCGGAUGCACCUAAGCUGAGUGUCAAUCGUCACAAGCGGAUCAGUUCAGCGUUCAGGAACACCACUGUGAUGCUCACUGUCAUUAUAGUACUCUUCCUGCUCGCCAGGGUUCCAUCGACAGUGCUGAUCAUUCUAGUGAAGCUAUCCGAUCUAUUGCCACUGGGGUCGUUGGAAUUCGCUCAUUCCGCGUAUCUUCGGGCGUUUGCCAACAUCAUUCUUGUCACUCUUCAUCCAAUCUCUUUCGCCGUUUACAUGUUUAUGUCGAGGCGUUUCCGUGUCUCAUUACGACGCCUUCUUGGUUGGCGUUUUCUUGCUACGGAUGAAGAAUUCAACGCCGUCACUUCGUCGUUCCAAAACUCGCAGUUCAAAUCGAAUCCACAAUCGCGUACGAGCUGUGCUCUAUCGCUGGCCAACUAUAGCAACGGUCGCCCCACGAUACCACGCUACCCACGGCCGAUCAACAAAAAAGGAGUGGUGUUUGCCCCGUCGACGUGUUCAAUCUCUUCGGGUGGACGAGCCACCAAUAAAAGUCUUUCAGAAUGGUCAACAAAGAGUAGCUUGUCGUCGCGAUUCGCCAUUUUGCGACGAUUUCGUUUUAUAAAACGUUGUGAUACGGUGUGA